AUGGCAGGCGCAGAGCAAGAGAUGAAGGUACAGGAGGAGGUACAACAGACACAGCAGGAGACGCAAGAGGUGAAGAAAGUGGAGCAUGAGAUAUUGCAUGGGACGGAGGUUGGUAGUGAUGUCCCCCAGCACACUAAAAAUGUAGCUCCUCUCCCUGCUGCCGAACAAGGCGACUCACUACCCGGUAUGUCAGGUGGUGGCGUUGUAGCGGUUAUAUUGGCGGGACCACCAGUCGUCUCCUCUUCUAGCGAAAAAGAGGAGAAGGAAGAAACCUCAACCAGCAACAUCAGCAUAGACAACGAAAAGAUUGGAGAUAUCAGCGAAGACAUCAGCGCCAGCGACACCAAUAAACAACCCUCCACUACCGCCGCGGCCAUCAGCACAGAGAAGGAAGAGACUAGCAACUCCAACUCGACCAACGACAAAACCGAAGAAACCACAAAAGACUCCACCAUCACAACCAAACACGAGACUCUAAACUCCGAUGAGAUCACCCUCUCCACAGCAUCUACCAGUGCAGACACGCAAGAAGCAAGAGUCCAACGACGCGCUGAUGCGUUGGAGGAGAACACAAGCGAGGGAAAAGAUGAGGUGGAGAAGGAGAGUGGACACGCUGAUGUUGAGGACUUACAUGGUGCCGUUGACAAAUCCGUCGCCGAAGUUGAGGGUGGGGAGCAGGACGGUGGAAAGGAAGAGAAAAAGGAUGGAACAAGACAGGAGGAUCAAGACAAAGGAAGUCUGGUCGACCAGGUGCAAGAGAAGGUGGAUCAGGCUUUUGGUGCCGAUCUAGGCGAGAAGAAUGAGGGCAAGACUGAGGAUGGUGCUGCUGUCAAGGAUGAGAGUGAGACGAAACAAGAGGAGGCUCAGAGUCAAGGUGCCGUUGAUGAAUCAGUCGCCGAAAAUGCUGAGACUGAGGGAGAGAAAGAAAAAGAAGCUCAAGAUAAGGUUGGCUUGGUCGACAUCAUUCGAAAGAAGGUGGCGGGUACGUUUGGUUUUGAUCUGGGUGGGGGUACUGUGAGUAAGGCUGAGGAUGGGGCUGGUGUUGAGGGUAAGAGUGAGCCAAAACAAGAAGACCAAGACAACAGAAACUUGAGAGAGGAGGUCCAAAAAAAGGCGGAGGAGACUCUCGGGGUGGAUUCAGACGAGAAGAGUGCGAAGUCUGAGCAGCAAGAGGAUAGUACGAGCACGGACUUCGGAGAGAAGGUUAAAGAGAAAGCGGAGGGGACUUUGGGUGUUAGCUUAGACAAGGAGGAUGUGAAAGAGGUUGUUGUCGGUGAGCAAAAUGAAGAGAAGGACGAUGCUAAGAGCAAGAAUAUGGGUGAGAAGCUCCAGGAGAAGGCGGAAGAAACUUUGGGACUCAGCGUAGACAAGGAGGAGGCUAGUAAGAGCGAGGGAGCAACUCGUUUUGAGGACAAGGAUGAAGCAAAGAGCACAGACUUGGGAGACAAAAUUCAAGAGAAGGUGGAGGGGUCAUCUGAUGCCGAUCUAGACGAGAAGAACGCCAGCGCUGCCAAUGACGGGGAGAAGGAAGAUGCGAAAAGCAUGGACUUGGGAGAAAAGAUCCAAAAGAAGACAGAGGAGACGUUUGGUGUUGAUCUAGAGAGGAGUGUCAGUGCUGCUAGCGAUGGGGCUACUAUUGGGGGUAUGGCAGGUUCAGCGGUUGGUGCAGUUGCUGGUAUCCCGGGUGGACCGGUAGGUGCAGCCGUCGGCGCAGCUAUUGGAGGCACCUCUGGUGUGGUUGUUGGGGCAGUCACUGGGGUCGUUUCUGAUAAAGAUCAGAAUGUUGGUGAGAGGGAGAAGGAGGUAAGAGAUUGUGAGAAGAGCCACGACGACGCAAAUGGCGCAGAUGAGGAGAGUCCAGAUGGUACUGCUGCAAAGGAGCAACAGGUCCCGGAUGUCUCUGGUGCAACAAGCCAGAUUGACACGGAUGUCGCAACUGAGCAAGAAACAGAGAAGAGUCAGGAAGCCGCUGUUGGCGAGAGCCAAUAUUGCACGGAUGAUACGUAUGUUCUAGCUGCAAAGGAAGAGCUUGGAAAUGGGAGUAAGAAGAUUAACGAUGACGUCGUUGGAAAGGAGGAAGAAGGUGCGAUCGAUUCUCACGGAAAGAGUCAAGAUGACGUCGUUGCUUCCGAGGAUAAGAGCGCGGAUGUCGGAACCAAGGAGAUUCAGGACGACGUUGUUGAGAAGAGCCAGGAUACUACAAAUGGUGCCGGUGCAGAGAAAGAGCAGCGCACGAGCGAUCUAGAGACGACAAGUCACAAUGGUACGGGUGAACAAGGUCAAGAAAUUGCCAGUGGAGAAAUCCAAGAGGCUGCAAGUGGAAAGACUCACGAUGAUGCCGACGCCCAGAACCAGAACGACACAAACGACGCCGAUGCAAAGGCAGAGCACAACAAAGGAACCGACCCAGUAUCGACAAACCACGGAAACCUCGGCGAUGAGAUUCAGAGAGAAAAUGCUCAGAGAUUCGGCGUCAAUCUGGAUAACGACAAAGCCGCUACUGAUGGGUCUGAUGCAAAGGCCCAUGGCAAGAGCGGUGCAAGAGGAAAGACUCACGAGCGUUUCGAUAGUGUAACCUCCCCCGACAUGGAUUUCAGCCCCAAAGCUGGAAAUUUCGAAGGUAGCAAGGAAGAAGAUGGAAAAGCCAGUGAAGAAGAGACAUCUGCAACCACGGAGAUUGGCGGCAAGACCGAUGAAGCGCAGACAUCUGCAAUCACGGAGAUUGGCGGUAAGACCGAUGGAGAUCAGACGAAUGCUGGCGAGGAGGUUGAGGUCAAGACCGAAGAAGACCAGACAGAUGCUAGCAGAGAAGAGGAGGCCAAGACCGACGGAGAGCAGAUGUCUCUCACCAAGAUGAUGGAGGCAAAGCUCAAGGCAGAAGAUACGUUCGCUAACUCGGAGACUAAUGCUGGCAAAGAAGAAGAGAGCAAGGCGACCGAAGAUCAAAUGGGUGCUACCAAAGAGAUGGAGACAGAGGCGAAGGGAGAGCAGAAAGAGGCUACCGAAGAAUUUGAAGGCAAGGCCAAUGGAGAACAAGCGGAUGCAAUCAAGGAGAUGGACGCCAAAAAUAACGGAGAGCAGGCGGAUGCUACCGAGGAUGUAGAGAUCCAUUUCAAUGUGGAGCAGACACAUUCUACAAAGGAGAUGGAUAUCAAGACCCACGAAGACCAUGCGGAUACAACCAAGUACAUUGACGUACAGCAAAUAUCUGCUACCACAGUGAUAAACACUAAAGCCACGAGCGUGGAUGCAACAGACGCCUACGCGAAGGACCACAUGCACAACGAAGAAGAGACACAAGGUGCUGAGGAUUCAAGCAAAGGAACAGAUCCUGUGACAAACAACCAUGGAAACUUGGGCGAUAUGGUUCAGAGACAGAACGCGGAGAAAUUCGGGGUCAAUCUUGCGGAAGACGUGUAG